AUUCAACGAGUAGUCCAAUUAUCCAUCGUUCUCAUCUCGCUACCUAAUAAUAACAUUAUUUUUAGUCCGCUACACGUUUACAUCACCACUCCCCCUACCGCCGUAGUUGACUAGACCAGCUCGAUCGCGUAAAUAGGUCGGUGGGGUCGAUCGAUCGAUGCCGAUCCCGCGAUCGCGAGUGGGGGAAGGGGCGAAGCAGGAGGAGGAGGAGGAGAUCGUGGUGGAGGAGGCGGCGGCGGCGCCGGCGAUGGAGAUGAAGCGGAUGCGGAGCCCGCGGGGGCCAAUCGAUCGCGCUGCGGCGGCGGCGGCGGCGGAGGAGGAGGAGGCGGAGGAGGAGAAGAAGCGGGCGGCGUGGCGGUGGGCGGCGCGGAGGGAGAUGGCGAUGGUGGUCGCCUUCCUCCUCAGCCUCCCCCUCCUCGUCUACCUCCUCGGCGGCCGCUGGAGCGGCUCCUCGGCGGUGGCGACUUCGCUCGGGUCUCGCAGGGACGGGGACGAAGCCAUUGGAGCCGGAGGUUCCAUAAAUACAUCAUCUACAACCUCUCCCAUCUUGGAGGACAAGCUUCUUGACGGAUUACUUUCUCCCGUCUUCGACGAACUAUCCUGCAUGAGCCGUUAUAGAUCCUCGCUCUAUCGUAAGCCAUCACCGUUUCCGCUUUCCCCUUACCUUACAAAGAGGCUCAGAACAUACGAAGCCUACCACAAAAGAUGCGGCCCAAACACCAGACGCUAUAGAAGAGCAAUCAAGCAGCUCAAAUCCGGUCGCAACAUACGAGAAAUGGAGUGCAAAUAUGUUGUAUGGUAUCCGUGUAAUGGCUUAGGCAACAGGAUGUUAACCCUCGCCUCUACGUUCCUGUAUGCUCUUCUCACGAACAGAGUUCUUCUGACUUACAUGACGAAGGAAUCGCAGAACCUCUUUUGCGAGCCAUUUCCGGGGAGUUCGUGGCUGCUACCUUCCGAUUUCCCUAUACAAGAUACAUACAACUUUCACAAGGAUGCUCCGCAGAGCUACGUGAAUAUGUUGAGAAACAAGGUGAUUGAUAAUAGUGUGAAUGUUUCAGCGGACUCACUACCUGCUUAUAUCUAUCUCCAUUUAGAGCAAUUUCGUCUUCGGUUGGAGAACAACAUUUUCUGUGAAGAUGACCAGUUAACUCUCGCAAAGUUCAACUGGAUGAUAUUGAAAUCGGAUAGUUACUUCGUGCCUGCUUUGUUUCUGAUGCCCUCCUAUGAAGAAGAACUGCGUCGGCUAUUUCCGGUGAAGGAGUCGGUUUUCCAUCAUUUGGGGCGGUAUCUCUUUCAUCCGACAAACCCGGUUUGGGGAAUUAUAAGUAGGUAUUAUGAAGCUUAUCUUGCCAAGGCAGAUGAAAAGCUAGGGCUUCAGAUUAGAAUAUUUCCGGAAGCUCCUAUGUCGUUUGAAGACAUGUAUGACCAAAUCCUUGCAUGUUCACGGAAAGAGAAGUUGCUUCCCGAAAUCGGUACUACGGAGCCCUUCAUCAACUCAACUUCAAAUAAAACAAAGGUCAAGGCGAUUUUGAUCACUUCUCUGUAUCCUGGCUACUACGAGAAGCUCAAAUCCAUGUACUACGUGAACCCGACUGCCACAGGAGAAGUAGUAGCUAUGUAUCAGCCUAGCCAUGAAGAGCUCCAGCACACUGAAGCACAGAAUCACAAUCAGAAAGCGUUAGCAGAAAUGUACUUGUUGAGUUACUGUGACAACGUGGUUAUGAGUGCUUGGUCUACAUUCGGAUACGUAGCUCACGGUCUAGCCGGUUUGAAGCCGUGGAUUCUACUCAGGCCAGGUUGGAUGCAGAAGAAGGCGGAUCCGGCCUGCGUCCGAUCCAUGUCGGUGGAGCCGUGCUUGCAUUCACCUCCCAAUCUCGAUUGCAAGGCGAAGAAAGACGUCGAUGCCGCGACUUUGGUCCCUUAUGUGAGGCAUUGCGAAGAUGUGAGCUUUGGUCUUAAGCUGUUUAGUUAGAUUGGCUGGUUGGUCUCCUAUUCUUUUCCUCUAUUUAUAUGUUCAAUUAAGUGUAUGAAAAAUUUGUUAUUCUUAUGGAAAAGGAUGCAGAAAUUCUUCGAUUUCUACUUGUAACUUGAAUGAACAUUCUUUUUGAAAUUCCUAAAAGCAAAUUCAUUAUA